AUGGAUGAGACAACGACACCAUUCCCCCGCGUCCGUCGAGUAUCCGAUGCGCCGGAAGAUGGCCAAGCGUCCAAACGGCUGAAAGAGGAUCCCAUUCGGCCGCGGGUCAACAGAGCAUGCGAUCGCUGCAAGUCGCGCAAGACGCGGUGUUCGGGUACUUGGCCUUGCGUCUUUUGUGCUCAUCUUCAGCUUGACUGUCAGUUUACGGCGACAUAUCGACGCGGCCAACUUCUGCCAGCAGUCGACAACGGGACCGCUGGCUCUGAAUAUUCACGAGACCUCGGCCGCUCUCCGUCGACCUCGGACCAGAGGAACGGAAGUGAUGGCAGCAAUCACCGAGAAUCAAUCUCUGACGGAACUCAGGUGCAGUUUCAUCCACUUCCAAAUGCGCUUUCAGGGUCGGCACUUGAUUUGUCUCCUUCUGAGCGUCGAGCUGCUGGGCAUCAUGAUGCCCUGAGCGCUCAGCCUCAUGAGCUGCAUCAACGUCAGACUUCCGCUCGCAACUCUCCCGAACCUUCUCAAACGGAUGAACAGGGCCACUACGUGGGUCCGGCGUCUGGGGUCUCUUUUCUGUUAAGAAUCCAGAGAAAGCUGCAAGUUCAAUCUCCCGGAUACUUCAACUCCUCAGUAUUCAACUUUGGCGAUCGACCGUUACCUGGACAUGACUCCUCCUUCGCGAUCUUGCCACCAAAGACCAUAGCAGAGUCGAUGGUCAAGAGAUACUUCGACUUUGCCGCAACCACGCACCGCUUUUUACAUCGUCCUUCUGUGGAAUCAUGGCUGGAAGAACUCUACGACACUCAUGGUGCCAUGCUCUACAAAGAGUCUGCUCGGAGUCGAACGGCAAUCCUCUUCAUGGUCUUUGCUCACUCCAACAAUUACCGAAGUCGCUUGUCUGUUGACAGUAAGGAUUCGACGGCCGAGUCAACUGAAGUCAGUGCUCGGUUCUUUGCCGUUGCAGAGCACCAGUUGUCGAUGGAGAAGGGCGAGAUAAGCCUGGCACAUGUGCAGGCACGCUUAGCCCAGUGCUUCUACCUCUUAGCUCAGUCUCGAUUGAAUCACUGUUGGACUCUGUUUGGUAUUACGGCCCAUCUCGCCAUGGCUCUUGGGAUACAUAGGAAGUCCCGACUGGACGCCAAGUCAACAGAUCGCGCCAAUCACAUUGACUUAGAGUGCCGGAAAAGAACGUUUUGGUGUGCGUAUAAUCUCAACACGUAUCUAAGCGCCGCUUUGGGUCGGCCCAUGACGUUUCAUGAUGAGGACAUCGACCAGGAAUUGCCCCUAUGCAUUGACGACGAACAACUUCGUUUUGGCUUGACACCUAAGCCGGUUGUCUGCGGUCCGUCCGUGACUUCGGGCAGUGUGGCCCAAAUAAGGUUAUCUCGAAUCCUUGCACGGAUUCUCCGGGCGUUUUAUGGAAUCCAUACUCCAUCUACCGAAGAGCAUUUUGUAUUGGCCGACAAGUUCAGCAAAGAGUUAUCAGAAUGGCGAGAUCACAUAUCCUACCUUUUGGAUGCCGGCGGCAGCUCCGCCAUUUUUGUCAAGUUGGUUCUGCGUCAACGUGAUGUUCUCAGGCUUGCGUACUGGCAUGCCCAAAUUCUCGUCCAUCGACCGUUUCUGUUGAAGUCAUUCUCUGCCGCGGACUCGAAUGAUGAAGGCCUUUGGUCGGCGAGACAACAACAGACUCAACAGAACAUCAAAAGCUGUAUCGAUGCAGCGAUGAAUAUUGCUGACCACAUUGAUACUAUUGACGCUGCUGGGGAGUUCUACAGCACCUUGUUUUUCAUCCCGUACUACGGCUUCAGUGCUGUGGUAAUUCUCUAUGUCUACGCGAUCCAACAACGAGCAGAGGCCCCGGAGAAGUAUGCUCUUUGCUUUCAGCAGGCUUCAAAAUGCCAUUCACUGUAUGAAAGAAACUCAGUAAAGGGGACUUUGACGCAACGUUAUGGGGUUGUUUUACAAGAGCUGCGCCUGGAAGUUCUCCGGAACAACAACUACCUGGCUUCCACUUCACCCAUCCAGGCUGGGGGAGAAUUUGCUCCAAGCGAAAUGAUGGCAGCAAGAAAUCUUCCAACAGCGACUGAGACUUACAACUCAAGAAAUCUCGAAGAGAAGUCAGAUAACCUCGCCGAGGAUCAACCAGUCAAUGGACGUGCCGGUACUGUAGCUUCAGUUGACGCUUUGGACACCGGACUCUUCCACAUCAGCGAUUGGGGUCAAUUUGACUCUUUGGUCACGGGCGGCAUCGGAAGUUUGGACGCUUUUGUCUUGGGUGAGGCGAAUGAGGCCUGGGGAAACAUCAACACCCCAGACUUCAACACCUGA